AUGUCUUCGUUUGCCACCAACCCCAAGACCAUGAAAGCCGUCGUCACCGAAAAGACCGGAGGCCCCGAUGUUCUCAGGUUUACGACGGAUCAACCCGUCCCGACGCCCAAAGAGAACGAAGUGCUGGUCAAGAACCAUCUUGUUGGCGUCAACUAUAUCGACAUCUACUUCCGCACGGGUCUCUACCCGGCACCCAAGCCCGAAAUCGGUGGGCGUGAGGCUGUCGGCGAGAUCGUAGCUACAGGCUCCAAAGCUACCAAAUAUGGGUUGAAGGCUGGGGAUCGUGUGGUGUGGCUGGGUGUGUCAGCGUAUGCAGAGUAUUCCGCUGUGGCAGUGGACAAGGUGAUCAAGGUGCCCAGCGGGGUAUCAGACGAAGAUGCAGUGGCAGGUAUGCUGCAGGGUUUGACUGUGGUUGGACUGGUGGAAGAAGCGUACAAGGUGAAACGGGGCGACACGGUGCUGGUACACGCCGCAGCCGGUGGUGUUGGCUUGAUCCUUGUGCAGGUUCUCAAAAGAAUCGGGGCGCGGGUUGUUGCUACGGCAGGAGGAGAAGAGAAAUGCAAGUGGGCCAAGGACGCUGGAGCAGAUGUGGUCAUUGAUUACCGGAAGCCCGGUGUUGACUGGGUCAAAGAGGUCACGACGGCCACGAACGGAGAGCUUUGCGAAGCUGUAUACGACGGGGUUGGGAAGGAUACGUUUGAUGGCAGUCUAGAGGUGACCAAGAGGAAGGGGACUCUUGUCAGCUUCGGGAAUGCCAGUGGUGCGGUUCCACCAUUUGCCAUCUCUCGUCUAUCCGCAAAGAACAACAAACUGGUUCGUCCGUCCCUGUUCAACUACCUCACCACUCGGGAGGAGUUUGAACAAACCUGCCGAGACUGGUUUGCUUUGCUCGAAGGCCCCAACAAGGUCAGUGUCAAAAUCCACAAGAUCUAUCCUUUGGAGGAAGUGGCAAAGGCACAAUCGGAUCUCGAGGGAAGACACACUAGUGGGAAGCUUCUCAUCAAACCGUAA